AGGCCUGGUUUUUCUGACCAGAUCGGCCCGAAAUAUUUCGGUGAAUAUUUCCGUACAGAACGCUCUAAUUUACCGAACUCAGUUCGUUCCGAAGUUUCGUCUGCGUGUGGUUUGUCGGAGAUUAUAUUCGUUAUGAUUAGGUAUUUCAGUUCGGUCUAUUCAAUCAUUAAAAUUUUGCGUUAAGAAGAACAGGAUGAUGAUGAUGAGUACUAUGCGUUAUUAGAAGUAUGUUCUGAACAUAAUAGAGUUCUGAAAAUGUUUGAGAAUAGGGACAAAGAAGGUGCUUACAAACUGUUAGUGUUAAAGCAUCUUUCGGAUAAUGAUACAAAGUUCAAAGAAUUUUUCCGUUUAACUCCACAACUAUUCCAUACUGUACUAGAUUACAUAAAGAAUGAAAUCAGUUCACAACCUACAAAUAAACAUCCGACUCCUAUCUCUCCCGAGGAAAAGUUAUGUCUCACAUUAAGGUAUUUAGCCACGGGCGAGUCAUAUCGAUCAUUAGCAUUUUCAUUCAGAAUUUGUCAUAGUUGGAUCAGUAUUAUUGUCCGACAAGUAUUGUCUGCUAUUCGUAACAAGAUGACUGAUAUAGUUAUGCCAGCUCCUACCGAAAAUCAACACAAAAGAAAUGCCCUAGAAUUUUACAAACGCUGGAAUUUUCCAAACUGUUGCAUGGCGAUUGACGGAAAACAUGUUCGAGUAGUCUGUCCCCCAAACACAGGAUCGCUACAUUUUAAUUACAAAGAAUAUUAUUCUGUAGUUUUGUUAGCCCUUGUCGAUGCUGACUGUAAGUUUGUAGCCAUUGAUGUAGGAGCUUAUGGAGGUGAAGGAGAUGCUGGGGUGUACAGUAAAUCUAAUUUUGGUAAAAAAAUUGCUGCAGGUAGCUUCAAUCUUCCACCACCGGCAGUUCUUCCAAACACAACUACUUUACAGCCCCAUGUUAUCCUUGGAGACAGUGCAUUUACACUUACAGAAAAUAUGAUGAAGCCCUAUCCACAAACUUUAUCUGCAUCUGACACCACAAUUGCAGCAUAUAAUUACCGCCACUGUCGAGCAAGAAGAACUACGGAAAAUGCAUUCGGAAUAUUAAGCCAAUAUUUUAGAAUUUAUUUUACGCCCAUUGGCGUAAAAAACGCCGACACUAUUGAUGAUAUUAUUUUUGCCACCUGCCUUUUACAUAAUAUGCUAAGGGACUCUAAAAUACCAUAUCCAGAAGAAAAUACCCAUUCAAAUCCGCCAAUUCCUGCUGAAACCUUUUCACCUUUAGCGCCUUCUCAGAACAGACGGCCCUCUUUUGCAGCUAGACAUGUUCGUGAAGUUUUUAAAGAUUAUUUUAACAAAGAUGCUGGCAGGGUUGGGUGGCAAAAUAAUAUUAUAAAUCGCACACGAUAUCAUGACGAUGAGCUCUCUUCAAACUAACGUUUUACAUACAUUCAGCAAACAUUUAUUUUAAAUAAUGUGUUAAAUAUUAUGUAUAGAUACAUUCUGCUGCACGAUUUAGGGAUACGGCCUAAAAUGAUUUUAUUAUUGUGCAUUUUUUAUGUAUUUAAAUAUCUGAAAAUUACUAAUAUCCCUAAUU